GCUGAGACGGGAGGGGGCACCGAGCCUGCGUCAUCUGCUCCAGGCCUGCUCAUUAUCUAUCAAUGGGAGAGACGCCGCCGUAGACAAGUCCUGCCGACAUAACAAGGGCUGGAGUACUACAAGUACCGCCACAGUCCCCGUUUCGCUAUCACCAACUCAGGACGCAGGUUCAUCCACAGGAGAGAUGGAUUCUGCUGAGGGCUCCCGGUUUCUCUUCCAUGCACUAGAUAAUGUCUCCCCUGCGGUGUCUGGGGGCCCCCAGCAGGUGGAGGAUGAUGAGGGGGACGUCUUUGAUUUUGACAGUGAUGAUGAAGCAGACAGUAAAGGGAUAAAGAAGAGACUGUCAUCCUCCAGCAGCGUCCCAGAGACCCCCCACCCGCAGGAACACCCCUCCCCCAGCUCAGAGCCAACUGCCCCAGCACGACCCUCAAAGAACGCCUCGGCUGUCAGUAAUGGGGAUCCCGGAGGCCGGGGAAAGCUGGACCUCCAUACAUACAGCAUCAAGAAGAGUCUGAGCAAGAAACGUGUCUCUUCCGGCUCUCAUAGCACUGAGGACGGGAUUAUUUAUGAGGACGUUCCCUGCGACCAUGACAACCAGGAUGGGCUGGGACACCACCUGAUCUACGAGAACAUAACCCGCGACGGCUGCGUGGACGACUUUGAGGACGUAGGCUGGAGCUCCAGCGAGUUUGAGAGUUACGGCGAAGACUCGGAGACGGAGGAGGUGGAGAGGAAGACGAAGCCCGCCAAACCGUUUGUAGCUUUCCAGCCUAAGCUUUCUCCAGAUCUAAGUAGACUAAAGCAGAGGUACAGCCAGACUAAGAGAGAUCUCCUGGCUCUGAGAGUCAGGAGGAGAGACGUCCAUGAGCUGAAACAGAGAUACGACUGCAAGAUGACGCAGCUGAUGAAAGCAGCACGCAGCGGUACCAAGGAUGGAUUGGAGAAGACGCGAAUUGCCGUCAUGCGCAAAGUGACCUUCUUACAGCGCAAGGAAACUACCGGGGACUCUGAGGAGGAAGAGAUGGGGUUUCUGGAGGUCAGCGGUCUGAACUUGGACCUGAACCCACCACCGUCGGAGCUGGGGCCGAUGCCGGAGGGGCUGAGCGCGCAGCAGGUUCUGCGCCGGCACAUCCUGGCUUCCAUCGUGCAGAGCGAGCGGAGCUAUGUGGAGUCCUUGCAGCGCGUCUUGCAGGAUUACCGUAACCCCCUCCUGGAAAUGGAGCCGAAGCUUCUGAGCGCUCGCAAGUGUCAGCUGGUCUUCUCGCGGGUGAAGGAGAUCCUGCAUUGCCAUUCCGUCUUCCAGAUCGCCCUGUCCUCCCGGGUGGCAGAGUGGGACACCACAGAGAAGAUUGGGGACCUGUUUGUGGCCUCGUUCUCCAAGUCCAUGGUACUAGAUGUCUACAGUGAUUACGUCAAUAACUUCACCAACGCCAUGACCCUGAUCAAGAAGGCCUGUCUCACCAAGCUGGCCUUCCUGGAGUUCCUGAAGAAGAAGCAGGCAGCCAGUCCGGACAGGGUGACGCUCUAUGGGCUGAUGGUAAAACCGAUCCAGCGAUUUCCCCAGUUCAUCCUCCUACUGCAGGACAUGCUGAAGAACACGCCUCGGGGACAUGCAGACCGCCUGUCGCUGCAGCUGGCGCUGACGGAACUAGAGACCCUGGCGGAGAAGCUGAACGAGCAGAAACGCGUCGCAGAUCAGGUGGCUGAGAUCCAGCAGCUCUGCAAGAGUAUAAAUGACCGCAGCACCCUGCAUAAGAAUCUGAGCUCUGGGCUGAACCAGCUCCUCAUCUGCGAGACGCUCACUGAGAUGGUGUACGGGGAGAAGGGACAGCUUCUGAAAUCCAAGGAACGCAAGCUCUUCUUACUGAAUGAUGUCCUGGUGUGUGCCAACAUCAACUUCAAGGGGCAGCCGGAUAUUGGGAAUCUGGUUCCGCUGGGGCCUCGCUACGUGCUGAAGUGGAACGCUGCUUUGAACCAGCUCCACGUGGCAGAGUUUGGCUUGGAAGGGAACGUGUUUGAGAAAGAAGCAGCGGCUGGACUUCAGUCUGUCAGCAAGAAGCAGUCGCCCUCUGCGGGUCAGAAUAAGGUCUCCUUGGGCUCUCCGCGCCUCUAUCAGGAGCUACAAGAUGUCAAGAAAGACCUGGAGGUUGUGGAGCAGAUCACACAGCUCAUCAGUACCCUGCAAGGCACUUACCAGAAUCUGAACAUGACUGUUGCUCAGGACUGGUGUCUGGGUCUACAGAGGCUCAUCCGGCUCAAGGAGGAUGAGAUCCAGUCUGCCAACAAAUGCCACCUGCGCCUCCAGCUUCAAAUGCCGAGGAAAUCUGACAAGUCCGGGCGGCCGAUGAGCUUUAUGGUGCUUUUCCUCACUCCGAAUCCGCUGAGCAAAAUUUCCUGGGUGAACCGUAUGCACUUGGCCAAGAUUUCCCUGAGAGAAGAGAACCAGCCUGGCUGGCUGUGCCCGGAAGAGGAGAAGAAGACGAAGAUCCCGUUCUGGUCGCCGACACUGGUCUGCCGACUCCCCGCAUUCUCUACUAAAGCCUCAGAUUUACAGCUGGGAGGAGCGGCGCACACGGCGGUGCAGACCUCACUGCUAGGCUUCUCAUCUGUCAGCACCUCGCUGCCUCAGGGAUACUUCUGGGUCGGCGGGGGUCAGGAGGAGGGGGCGGGCCAGAUUCAGAUCUUCUCUCUCAAUCACACCUCUCCGAGAAUGCUAAAAGCUUUCCCGCUGCCGUCGCGGGUCCUGUGCGUGGAGAACGUGAGCGGUAAAAUGGGCGAGGAGGACGGCGAGAGCGAGGAGGACUUCAUGUCGGCGCCUGUGCAGCCUUCUGUGUGCGUGGGACUGGAGGACGGGAGUAUCAUGGUGUACAGCAGCGUGGACACCGGAUCCACCUGUUUGAUGGCCCUGAAGACUCCAGACUCGCAACCCGUUCUCUGUCUGCGGCUCAGCCCCAGCUUCCUGUGUGCGGGGCUGCAAGACGGAACCUUGGCGCUGUACCCGCAGAACAAAGGCGGCCUGUGGGAUCCUGAAAACUCCUCCACCGUGCGAGUUGGAACCAGCCCGAUAACAGCGUUGUUGGUUCUGGAUGACUGUAUAUGGGCGAGCUGCCGAAACCGCGUAACCGUGCUGGAGAUGGAGCCCCUGAAAGUCCAGAGUUUCGAGGCCUUGCAAGAUGAGGGGGUGAGUGUUACUCACAUGAUCCGAUCUGGUGGAGGGGUGUGGAUGGCGUUCUCCGAGGGCUCCUCCAUACGGCUCUUCCAUACAGAGACCCUGGAACUACUGCAAGAAAUGAAUAUCUCCGCCCGUACUCUGUCACUUCCAGGGCAGAAGAAUCCGCGUGUGACCGCCCUGCUGAUCUGCCAGGGCUUGCUGUGGGUGGGCACGCACCUGGGCGUCCUAAUCACGUUACCGGUGCCAAAGCUGGAGGGGAUCCCCAAAAUCACAGGCAAAGGAAUGGUCUCCCUAAAUGGACACUGUGGGCCGGUGCAGUUCCUCAACGUUGCCUGUAGUACAAUGGCUCCAGAAGCUCUUAGGACAGACCAGGGGUCAUCGGAAGACGUUCGGGAAAGUGAGGGUGCGGCGGCAGCAAAGGAGACUCCAAACAGCCAAUCCCAUGAGCCCUCUUCUGAGAACCUCCCACCGUCGCGGCUGAAAGGGAUUCUCCUCCAGUACCGGCUGCGCGGAACAUCUCACCUCCCCGGCAACCACCUCUCCGCCAAAGAGGGUUCCAGAGCGGACACUGGUAGUCUGGAGACCACCGAGGAGGAUGGUUCUAUAUAUGAGAUGACCGAUGACCCAGACGUGUGGUUUAGGAGCAGACCUUGUGCAAGAGACUCUCACCAUAAAGAGAUCACCUCAGUGGUUAUAAUAUCAGGAGGACCUGGCUAUCGGAACUUUAACCCUUCCACCAGCAGUGUCCAGGCCGGAGGCGACACGGACAGCACUUUGCUGAUUUGGCAGCUGCCGCUCAUCCUAUAGCUUUUGGUGAUCUAUUUCAGUCGGUGGUGACAACAGGAAUGAAUCUUUCCUAUGCUGUUACAUUGUGUUAUUAGGUUCUCGGGAAUGUUUACGGCCAUCUCCAACUGUCCUGUGCCUCCUCGUGGAACGAGACGAUAACCUCAGGUGAAGGCUGAGCUUUAACCAGGCUUUGUCCUUCUGGAAUCAGUAGUUCUCUAGAUAGGAUAGGGAGCAGACAAUGCCUUUAUCAGGUCACAUAUUUGGUUGGUCGUAUAAUCAGUGGGUCCCUUUGUGUCCUGUAUCUGUCACACUUGUGUCCUGUAGGGGUUUGUGGACAAGUUUCCUCACCCUGAGAGAGAGAUAUUUGUGCCCUUAGUAGAUUCCUGUUUCCUCCUCCUUGUAGAACAACUUUCAUGAUGGGUGCAGGAGUUCUCUGGUUGGUAAAUUGGCAACACCAAGACAUAAUAUUUUUUUGGACCAGGCAUUGUGCUGAUGGGAAGGAAAAUGUAAAUGUUGUAUAAUAUGAGACCAGUCAUUAUGUCAGGACAUUUUGUGAGGGAAAGAGGGGGGGACCCAAGGUCUAGACGGAGAUGUGUAGCAUACCACUGUGUAGGUCCAGCCACUGUGCCAUUAUGACGACCGUAAAUAGUGUAUGACGCCAGUAGGUUCAACGUAUGUUGGCCAGAUGUUGUGAUAAUUGGGGCAGGGUGUAUUCAGAGGGCCAUAUAUAGUGCAUUAUAGGACAAAAGAGAGUGUUCUCCUAAAGGUACUGGUUGUAGUACUCUGCAGAUCCUUUCCCAGUGGUCCGGUACGCUCACUAGCAGAGUACACUGGUAAAGCCUAUUGUGUAAUCAUGCAGUUACCUCAUUAAUAGAACUACGGUCUUGUCCUAAUAAGUUCGGAUUCACCAUUGGCUCAUAUAUAGACACAAGAGCGACACCUUUUACUCACACUGAAAAUAAAACCACCUCCCUCCGGUCACGACCACAUUGCCAUUUGCAACACAGCCACUUUGGGCCACGCAUUUCGCCCCACCACAGUAAUUCAUCUAAAUCUGAGAGACCCCUCUUCUCGUUGCACUACGAUUUGAUUGCUAUCAGGUCGGGAGUUCCGGUUUGCAGUCAUAUACUUUCCUGUGUAUAGUGUAGUAUUCUAUUAUAGCAAAUUAUUCCGAUCCUGUGUUUACCGUAUUACCAAAAUUGCUGGAUUAUCUUCCAAUGGGCCAAUGGCAGCGUUCUAACCACAUAACUCUGCUGCCAGCCUGUCCAUAUUGGAUAUGAGGAAGGUGCUGUCCCCAGGAUACCCCUCCACACGCCCAAAAUACUCAGCCAAAAUCAAGCACCAUCGGACGUGCUGCUAAAUAUAGUUGUAUGGUGACUGUUAUCAGCCUGUGAAAUGCGUCGUCUGACCACACUAUCAGGCACCAGUGACACAGGAAUAGGUCUUGUACAGUUUGGCACCAUGUAAGUGUCCAGUCAGUGGGUUCAUAGCACCUGUGGCCAGCGCAAGUGCCUUAUUAUCUAUGACAGAGGUGGCAGCGUAAUGAGCGUGUUAAUACAGUAUGUUCUCCGUAGGGUGUGCACCUAUGUAAUGGGAACAUAAAGCAUGUGCGUUUACACUUCCAGGUUUCCCUCUUCUGCAAGAGAGAGUAGCGACACCCCAGGCUUCUCUACUGAGCAAUAUAUUUGGCGCAGGAUGACGGACGCGGCACAGGGCCCGUGGCGAUGGGUGGAGCUGGUUCAGGGAAUAUAGCAGUGGCAUCGCCAGGCUGUCAGCAGGGAAAGGGUUAGCUGUGUGAUGAGGGCACAACGUGGCACAGCGGGUGGGCUCGGGGAAGACAGAGAGAGACGUAAUUAGCAGAUGUGCUUCUACAUAGCAGCUGUUCCCAAUUAUGUACAUAUGUGCGUGUAAAUAUAUAGAUUUCUAUGUGUAUAAUGGUGUAUAUAUAUCUCAAGUGCAUGAAUAAAUUAUACCGCUCCGUUUCAUAGAUGGGAAACACA